CACCUAUAAAGAAACUUAUCAAAAAAAUGACUGAAAUAUCAGCAAAGCAUAACAUAAAACCAGUGGGCCUUUAUGAAAACAUAUCAUUGAUUCGUUUUUGUUAACAACGUUAUUCAAACUAGUUGCUUCUUCUUUCUAGAAAAAAGGUAGCCAACCUCAUGAGCAAAGUGGCCAAGGUGUUUCGUGGGCUGUUGGUGCUUAUUGAAACCCUUGAGUGUAUUUCUUCUGUAUUUUAAUAAGUGUCUAUGUUUAUAUAAUGUGUGUAAGAAGCAAAUAAAUGAAAGUAAAAAAAAAAACAAAUCACACGUUAUGGGUUACAGUCCUAAAUGACAGCCCUGACCAGUAAUUUAUUACUAUUUUAAAAAAUUGGUGAUCCUUAGUAAUAAAAUAAUUAUGGAUUAUGGAUUGCAUUUAUUGCUUUAACAGAAUGCACGUGAUGCAGGGGGUGCGGCUGUAGCAGUUUUUACAGCUAGACAACACUUUCCUGCUGCAACAACUCACAGGACCGUCAUCCAGGGGAUAGCUUUUCAGCUAGAUGAGUGCCUGAAAAGGUGUGUCAUGUUGUUAAAAAAGAAGCGGAACUCUCUUUCUUUGCUACUAGAUGCCAAAGUGAAAUUUAGAAAAACAUUCAUCAUUGUCCAUGAGUCCCAAACUGGAAAAUAAGGCCACAUGCUGUCUCCUUUCAGGUUUUUCUGUCCUUUGCUGCCAUCACUGCCCCUGCCCAUGACCUUAACCCUCCAUUCCACUGUCCUUCUGAAUGUCUCUAGUGGUCCACCUUGCUUCCUAUUUCCCUUCUGAAACCCAGGUGAAGGCCAUAGGGGUUUUAGCAACGACAAUGGUGACGGCAACAAGAACAUCAAAACAGCAGCAGGUUUAUUAAGCAAAACAACAAGUUUGCUUGUGCAUCACGCUUUUUUUUUGCCUUUAUUGCACGACUAUGACAUUAAAAUGCCUAAUUUCACGUUUUAUGGAGGACGUACACGAGUGACAAUGAAAUUUUCUUUCUCUUUCUAAACUUGAGUGCAUUCCCCAAGAAAUCGACUUCAGGAAAAUUUGCCUACAUUGUUAGACAUUUUCCGCGAAUUGGAAUAAACACAGCAAAGUUUGAAAAAACACUAAUUCAUUUUAAAAGUGACAUUUUCGCUGCCGUUGCUGUCAUUGAUGCUAAAACUCCCUAUUGGGUGGAUGUGGGAUGGUGAUUCAUUGUCAGCACCAUUACACACAGUUCCCUCUGAAGAAAAUCAUGAUUAUUAUAAAUGUCUUUUUGUGAAAUCCUUUGAGAAAAAAAAUUGUCGCUCAACAUUUUUUUCAGUGAUGAAACACAGAAGAAUGGACUGAUUCUACUGUAUGACAUGACAGAAUCUGGGUAUCAUAAUUUUGAUUACGGUCUUGCUCGAAAAAUUUUGGACUUACUAAAGGUGCCUUAUGUUUUUAAUGUAACUGUGAUUAAUAAUAAUUAUUAUUUUUUUAUUCACCUGUUGUGUCUUUUCUGGUCAACCUAUAAUUUGUCACUGUUAAUGUUGCUGAAAACAUAGAAAAUACCAGUGGGAAUUGUGUAAAUUUGAAAUAAACAGUUCUGUGACGGCAAAUGGCGGCACAUGAUAUCCGUGACUGCACAAUAAAAACAACAACAAAACAUUUCAUCAUACAUGAGGCUGAAUGACUCACAAGAGAAGAGAAAAAACUGAAACAAAUGGUUUACAAAAACACUUGGGAAACUUGAAGAAAACUUGAGGUUAUUUCACAGUGGCCUCAUGCAUGCCAAUGACGAGGCCCGUGCGCAUGCUCCUAAUAAAACAAGGGGGAAAUCCCCAGGACAGGAUACCAGCAGUUACAAGUUCUCUACAGUAUCAUUGCAUCAUCUGACACAUAAUCUGACAUGAGUAAACAUACGACCCAAGCUGAAAAAAAGUCUGUUUUCUAUGUACUGUAAGAUAACGAAGUAGAACCGAACACUAAUGACAAUUUUUUCUUUUGUAUAUUUUACCCAGGGUGGCUAUCCUGCAAGGCUUAAGAAUGUUUUCAUCAUAUCACCACCACUUUGGUUUAAAGCAUUUCUAACCUUGCUCACAAGCUUUCUUCAACAAAAACUCCGAGAUAGAAUUGAAAUAGUACCUAGAGAGUCACUGGUACAGAGACUUCCACAGGCCUCAGUUCCUGAAAGCUUGGGCGGGAUGCUCAAAGUGGACCAUUUUGCCUGGUUAAACACAUGUCUAAUGUCAUUUUCUGAAUCGAUGAAAGAAAAUGGAGUAGUAAAUGCAAGACAAGGUAACAGAGAUUUGAUUUACACUGAAUCUUCCACAACUGGUGUUGAUGCUGGGGUGACAGAUGAAGGUGCAUUGUCUGUUAUGGAAUUCAUGGAGCAUUUAAUGAAGCUGACACCCAAAGGAAUUAAAAAUGAGUUUGUUGAUUUAAAGAGACGAUCAGGCAAUGGCAACUUUUACUCUGCAAAGUAAGUGGAUGUCAUGUUACUUUAUUUCCUUUGCAAGCAUAGUAGUUCUAGUGCUAGUGAUCAAUGUUGACAUGCAGUGAUGAUGUCAUCAGCUUCCAUUAAUUACAGUUACGGGAAAUUAAAAAUAGUUGUUAAGUACAACUAAGAAUGCUUGGGAAAAAAAUCCGAGCCCCCCAGCGGGAAUCUAAGCCAUGCCCUUCCAGAUACCGGUAGGACCCACCAACUACUUAUUGAUGAACCAAUAAAAAUUAACCUUAUUAAAAUAUUUUUAAAAAAUCCACACAAUGGUUGAAAACCUAAAGGUACAAAAGUGUAUAGUAGCUAUUUGUGUUGGGCUUGAGGAAAAAAAGAAAAAGAAAAGAAUGCAAAAUUAUUUAUCCCAAACUACUAGACACACUCUACAUGUAGAAGCUAUUAAACUUAAAGGCAAUAAAGACAUACAACAUACAGAACUGGAUACAACUUUUGAAUCUGUGAAUGAAAAGCGACUAGUAUUUUUAAUACCAUUCUCAUAAAAGUGCAGUACUUUCCCGUGGUACCAGCCACCUUCCUUAUUGUUUAGUUAACUUUUAAGUGUACAUGAGACUAUAGGGUGUUCACUGAGAAGAACUGGGAAUCUUUCAUUUCAAGUAUUUACAUUACAACAUUUUUUGUCAACUGAAAGUUAAAAAAAAUAAAUAAAAUAAUAUGAUGUUAUUUGAAGAGAGCUAUGUCAUUUGCAGAUUACCAGAAAAUAAGAUGAAAAAUAGAUACCUUGAUGUUUUAUGUCUUGAAGAAUCAAGAGUGAAGCUUAACGACUUGGAUGGGAAUACAGUAAGCUGCAUGUAUUUCAAUCUUUGUUUUUGUUGUUGUAAUUGUUGCACUGUAUUUUGCUAAUGUUGUGUCAAAACAGUGUUUUCAAAUUAUUUAUUUAUUAGAAUCUUGAGAGAUCCCAAACCCACUGUCUUUGACAAUUUGCAUGAAAAUUUACUGCCAUUGACAUCACUUUACUUGUUGUAACCGUUUACUCUAUUCUGACUAUCAUCUAGGCAAAAGGAGGCAACAAAACUAUUUACAACCUUGUUUACAAAUCAACAUUCAUGUACCGGCAUAUUACCGCACUUUUCACAAACAUGCAAACUCUAAAGUUCAAAAGCCGCCUUCACAAUUGCAUUUUUCGCUGCCAUCAAUCAUAAUUACUAUCACACGCAACAAAACUUGAAACGCAGAAACACACAAAGCGGAUCCAAAUCUACCGAUCACAUCACAAACGAUGACCUUUUGAACCCGUUAAAGUAAAGUUUUGUUUCCUAGGAGGUCCGUUAAGAUGAUUGACGGCAGCGAAAAACGCAAUCGUCAGUUGGCUUUUGAACUUCACAAUUCUCAUGUUUGUGAAAAGCGCAGUAACACAGGGUUCCUAUUAAUGCACACAUGUGCAUAUCUUAUGUGCAAAAAUCGUAAGGGAUUCUCCCUUCUUUAAACUGAAGAGUCCCAAGAAUGUACAGGGACUGGCUACUACCAUUACAUCUUUGCAGCCUUUGGCCUCAUGUACAGAAAUAUGAAAGUCUGGACAUUGUGGAGCAUUAAUUUUCAAAACAAGUGGAAAGUCUAUUAACAGAAAUAAAUUGUCUCUGGUAGAAGCAUGAAGUUCUCAGGUGUAAAUGGUUUAUAUCAAAACACAAGCAAAAGCAUUAAUUUAUGGACAGUACAUCAAGUUCCUGUCAUUCCCAUUCAAUAAUUAUUUUAUUGAAUCGUUAAUUUAAGAGUUUCGACAAUUUACUUGGAGCUCAGACAUUAUUAUUAUUAUUAUUAUGAAAUUAUUAUUAUUAUUAUUAUUAUCAUUAUUAUUAUUAUUAAUAUUAUUAUUUACAAAAGGGUAGCAACUUCCAUACUAUAAACUACAUGUAUGUUGUAUUUCUGCAGAAAUCAAACUAUAUACACGCAAACUACAUGGAUGGGUACAAGCAACCAAAGGCAUACAUAGCUACUCAGGGUUUGUAUUACUUUAUUCAACUUGAUAAAAUAUUACUGAAACAGUACAUUAUAACUUGGGAAUUUGACUCAUGAGUGGAGAGUAGUGGGUUUUCAAUUUCCAUAUUAUCAUAAAACACCAGAAUUUUUUUUCUGGAAGUCCUUUGUGUUGCACGGAAUUAUACCAAUAUGGUGUUAGAAAAUUAGGCUCCAAACAGUAGUCAACAACAGUUAAUUGGUUUAUGGUUUUGUGGCUUGCUUGCAAGGCCUUUUUGAUGGGUCAUCACGUAAUAAAAUUAAUGUUUAUGAGAUGUGGUGCUCACAGUUUUCUUUCUCUGUUAGUAAAACAAAGUUUCAAUUAAAUUUUUGUGCAUUCAAUGCUCACUUACAGUGUAUAAAACACAAUAUAGUUUUUAAUGCUUUUCCUUAUUUAUUUAUUUAUUUAUUUAUUUAUUUAUUUAUGUAUCUUUAUUUACAAGGACCACUUCCCAACACUAAAAGUGACUUCUGGCAAAUGCUGUGGGAGCAACAAGUCUAUGUCAUUGUCAUGGUAACGAGGUAAACAUGUGAAAUUUUUCAGGCCUUCAAGUACAAUUUUGCACAAUAAUAAUUGUUUAUUUAUCGCAUUAUAAUUAAUUAUGAUAUUAAUUAUCAGAAUUAUUAUUGAUCCUACUUGAUGUUUUCUCUUCGAACUGAAGGGAAAGAAAAAUAUACACCUGGGCUUUGAUUUUUAUUAAUCAAUAACAAAGCCCUUUCAAGAUGAAACUUACUUCGCGAGGAAGCCAUGUUAGCCCUGCCUUGCUACCAAGAGAUUUUUGUUUAAUCCGUUAACUGAUGAGGCACCUCUUAAUAAACCAUUACUUUUUUCGCAAAUUUUAAUGUGGAUCAGUUAGCAUAAAUCUAUUGCCACCACUGGGAAGAGCGUCUUAAAAUCUGUAAAGUUGCCAAGUUUGAGAGUGAUAGGAUAAAGAGUAAUAAAUAUAUGACUCUGCUUUUGACAAAAUUUGAAAGGCUUUUGUAAAACUUUCAGCACUGUCUUCGCUCGUUUCUAAACACUUGGCAAGUUCGCUAAUUUUAAAGUGAUCUUUCUAACAGCAUUCAUAAAAUUACUCUGGCAGUACCCUGUCAGAAGUUGGAACAACUGUGCAAGGAUGUAUUGGCAGACCUGAUAUUAUUAGUGGAAGGCAAACCUUUGACGUCCUAGAUACAGUAGAACAUCGACAUAAUGAAGUGCUGUGAAAAAUGCAUGGCAAAAUAUUUUACUUGGAGCGCCAUGCCAUAAAAUUAUUUUGCCUUAACUCAGGGGCACCCAACGGCAAUUUUCGGGAAAAUAUCUGUUCGGAAGACGAUUUGAGAUCUAGAAUUUUCGGAGCAUUUGUUGUAAAAUUUCUUGCUUAGCUUUGCUUGCCUGCCUCUCCUAGGGUUUUCGAAAAUUACUCAUUUUUAACGGAUUUUGACCCUAAAAAAGGCCACCUAGAAUUUUCGGGAGCCUUUUCCUGGAUGAAAUUUUCGAGAAGGUAAGUUUUGAUCCCUAUAAUUUUCGGAUCACUAGAUUUUCAGCUAGGAAAUCCGAACAGAUGAAAAGUUUUUAGGGGAUAAAAAUAUGCCUAUAUCUACUGUCUGAAUACUAACAUACGUUCAACAAUGAUAUGUUAAGUGGUUUUAAACUAUAUCCUCGUUGGGUGCCCCUGUUAACUGGGAAAAAGAAUACCUUUUUGCACAAAAUAACUUUCUUACAGUAGUAAAUUAAUUACUAUGUAUGUACAUGGCCUCUCACUGCUUCUUACUCAUAGGUUGUUGUCUUUUUAAUUUCUCAAGGUGCCUCGAGAGAAGUCGAAUGAAAUGCAUCCAGUAUUGGCCAGAAAACAGUGAAACAAACCAGUUUGAAACAGUUGAUGUGGCUCAUCAAGAAACUCUAGAAUUUGAAGAUCAUGUUGAGAGGACAUUUUCUCUGAGACACAAAAAGGUAAUCAUGGCAUAUUUUACUGCAGAGACAGUACACAGUUGUCUAGUUGGACACUUACGUCCAGAAAUCCUAGCAGCUUGGAAUUUAGGUACUUCAUAUAAGACACAGUUGUUAUUUGUAGUGUCCAUGUCGCUUCAUGCUUGACAAAAUUGCUUGCGUUUAGCUUGGGAUUAGGGCUAUGGGACACUUCGUGAUAUCUAUCAUAAAAGGAUGAAUCUUAUUCAGAGGGAGCUUAUUGUAAGCAAUGACCACGGCGACGGCAGUGAAAACGUCGCUAAAAAAAUUAAUUUGCGUCUUUAAAGACUUUAUCGCGUCUAUUUGAACCCGCUCAAUUUGUCGAAUAUACAAAUGUAGGCGAUUUUCCUCGAGUUGAAUUCUUGAGGACUUUUUGCAGGUUCAAAAAAGGGAAGGAAAAUUCCUCUGCGUAUGUUCGCCUCCUGUAUAAAACGUCGCAUUCGUUGGUUUUACAUCGUAAUCAUGCAAUGGACGUCAAACAAAUGUACUAAACCAAUCCUGGACAUAUCUGUAGCUAGUCAGUACAGUAGGGUGGUUACAUCCGUAGCGGCAAGGCUGAUAUUCAUUCCCUUAUAAACGUCUGCCACACAGGCUGUUAGGUCCUCAGAUUUUUCACACCUUCGCACCACUCGUCACGCAAGGACGGGGAGCACUGCGUGACUCCGGCCCGAGCGACCGCAAAGGAGACUAGCCUUGUCUCCGCCACUGUGUUCAGUUGUCCCUUUAGACAUUCGUAGCACAAGGUCUGUUUCACAUAAAUUUUGCAUUGUCCGCGAGUGGGUCAUUUGCACACACUUCUAAGCCCCAUCGGUGGCCGUGGUGGUUGCAUGAAACUGUUGCUACCCCCUUCCCCCACCCCCCGUGGGCCAUGGAAAUGUGUAACAGUUUGUACCAGAACGUUGUCGCAAAUGUUAUAUGGUUUUUACGACUCCUUGGCCUGCCAGUAAUUAUAUAUCAUUAUGAAUUCGUUCUUCUCGCUUGUUUGUAUGUUCUAUUUCAAAAAUAUGAUUAUUUUAUAGACUAUACGCAGUAUAAAUAAUUGAUAAUAAAUAAAUAAUAAAAAUAAAAUUAUUUCAAUUUGUGUCAGGUCAAAAUUGCGUAGACCGACGAUAUUUACAAAAUACUACAACCUUGAUUUCACGGUGCAUUGCUUCCGUUUAUUACAGAAUGUGUAACUUAUUACAAAGUGCCGCAACACUUGUAACAAAGUGUGUCAUUAUUACAAAACGUCCCAGAACAAAAAUACUUGGCAUUUAAUGUCAGGAUAAAAAUGCAAAUCUUCUUAUGUACAUAUCCAUUUCCAUUUUUUAACCUUAGUCUGGAGAAACGCGAAGGAUAACUCAUUUUCAAAUGACUUCGUGGCCAGAUUAUGGAGUGCCUUCUUCAGCAGAAUCCUGCCUUCAUGUGAUUGGCCUUGUUCGUGAGGCCCAAACAGAUGCGGUGCAGGCCUUGGGGUCAACAUGGAAGGGACACCCCAGAGGCCCUCCCAUUUUAGUGCACUGUAGUGCAGGCAUCGGUCGCACAGGGACCUUCUGCACGAUUGACGUCAACGUGGCUCGUUUGAGCGACGUGGGCAAGUGUGAGAUAUUCAACACAGUGAAGCAUUUUCGGGCUCAAAGGGCCUUGACUAUUCAAACAGUUGAACAGUACGAGUUUUGUCACCUGGCCAUUUUAGAGCAUGCCCUUAACAUGCCAAGUACAAUGCAAGAAGAAAAAGAGGCCAUCAGAGACUUCUUAGAAGGCUGGAAAAUGCAACUGAGGGACUCAACUGACUGAUGAGUGGAUAGUUGAUGUUUGCGGUGCGAAG